AUGGACGCCAUACUGAACGGGCCUGCCAUGGCGCCCCCUGCGGGCGAGACGUCGAACUUCAGCAAUCCACCGAACGAGAAUCCACUGGCCAUCGGUGUGCUAGUUACUAUGAUAGUCAUCUCCACGUUCUGUGUCCUGGUCCGUUUGUACGCAAGAGUGUACUUGCUGAGGAAAGUCCAAGCCGAAGAGAUCCUUCUGGUUCUUGCAUAUGGAUGCUAUUGGGGUGCCGCUUGGGCGGAUUUCGCCAUGGUCGAGACUCCGGGUUAUUUCGUUCACACAUGGAACGUGAGGGUCAAGGAUAUGCUUCCCACCCAAUAUUACAUCCUCGUCUUCGGUGUCUGCUAUUCCUUUGUCCUGCCGUUCCUCAAGGUCGCCAUCCUCACGGAAUGGACUCGAAUGUUCGUGCCUAGGGGCACCCACAUGAAGAAUGCCUUCUUCUGGGGCUGUAUGACAGUCUGUUUCGUCCAGAUCGGAGCUGGUAUGGCCACUGUGAUCGCCCUCAAUGUCCAGUGCAUUCCUCACGCCGCCAUCUGGGAUCUCACCAUCACGGACGCCCAGUGCUUCGAACUCUACCCGCUGCAGGUGUCGUCGGCCAGUAUCCAGCUCGUCUCCGAUAUCGCCAUCUUCUUGCUGCCGCAGCGUGUCAUUUGGACUUUGAGGAUGACAUGGCAGAAGAGGUUGGGUGUCUCCGUCGUCUUCGGCCUUGGAUUGCUCGCCUGUAUUUCGGCAGCCUUCAGACUGGCCACAACUGUUGCUUACGGCGAGGCAGCUGACGCCAUCUACGCCCUUGGGCCUCUUGUUUUCUGGGCGACGGCAGAAAUGACAUGUGGUUUCUUUGUCUGUUGCAUGCCUUGCAUUCCGAAGAUUCUCAGGGACACCGGCGUCCUCAGGAACAUCAAAAGGGCAUUUGGUAUGAAGACGACCACCACAAAAAACACCUCGAACGCCAAAUCGGGUCAAUUCAGUAGCAAUGUAUCGCACGGAAAAUCUGUGACUGCGACGAGCAAGUCUUACUACAAGCUGGACGAGGAUGGAAUCCCGAUGGAGCCGGUCGAGUCCGAGUCCACAGAGCAGCUUCACAAGGCGAAGCUCGGUGGCGCUGCAAUCACGCGGACGACUCAGAUCACGAUCAGUCAGGACAGUCGGUCGAUGACUGGUGACGUUGAGGCUGGUCGUGGCGCCCACGUGCCCCCAGAACCUAACGACGAGUGGCCCAGGCCAGCCUACAGGUGA